UUCAAAUUAAAAAAAAAUGGGAAAGAUUAUGAAGCCUGGACGAGUUGUGAUCAUGCUUAAUGGUCGAUUUGCUGGACGCAAAGCUGUUGUGAUCAAAAGUUAUGAUGAUGGUUCUUCUGAGAGGCCUUAUGGACAUGGAUUGGUUGCUGGGAUUGACAAGUUUGUGUUUCUUUUUAAUUGUUGGAUCGCCCCUCUUUUGGAUCCCCCUCCCCUUUCCAUAUGAUUCUUAAGCAGGAAAAAGCAUUAAAUUAAUUCUAGCACCCGUUUUGGGACCAUUUAAGGUUGAUUAGGCCAGAAAGGGUUUCUGAAUUUGGGACUAGUGAAAAUGUAGCAAAGCCAAUAGGAUUGGGGUUUUCGAGUCGGACCAACAUCCGAGUCAUUUUUCCGGGCCUCAUUUCUUUCGGGCCAGCUCGUCAGUCAUUUUCAGGGCCAAAAUUCAAUGCCUGACUCGAUUUUUCGGGUUGGGCCGGAUCGGGCCC